AUGAACGCCAUCCGCCAGACACAGGCGCUGAACAAGCGCGAGCUGGAGAAUGCCGUACCUCCCGAAGCAUCAUGGCACGCCGACUACCGCGAUACAGCUUACAUCUACAUCGGCGGGCUCCCAUUCGAUCUGUCCGAGGGCGACAUCGUGACCAUAUUCUCUCAGUACGGCGAACCAGUGCACAUCAACCUGAUCCGCGACAAGGAGACGGGCAAAAGCAAGGGCUUCGCAUUUCUCAAAUAUGAGGACCAGCGCAGCACCGAUCUCGCCGUGGACAAUCUGGGUGGCGCGACGGUUCUUGGUCGGAUGCUCCGGGUAGACCAUGCGCGAUACAAACGCAAAGAUGAGGAAGAAGAGGAAGGCAAUGUCGCCAAAUUGAUGGGCGAUGCGACGGCCAGUGAGGACAGAGACGGGGACCGGCAUGGCGGCCAGAGAAGGAGACGGACGAGCGACACACAGACGAUACGGCCCAUGCUCAAGGAGGAGAGGGAGCUCGAGGCGUUGAUCCGUGACCACGACGAGGAAGAUCCCAUGAAGGAAUUCCUCAUCGAGGAGAAGAAGGAGGAGGUUGCGCGCGCCGUUGAGAUGUGGAAGAGCAGCGAGAAGAAGUCCUCCCGCCGCCGGGACGACAGCAGAGAACGAUCGGGCCGCCAUCAUCGUCGGCAUCGGUCUCGUUCUCGCGAGCGCAAGCAUCGAGAGGACCGGUCUCCGGCUAAAGAGAAGCGAUCGCGGCACCGCGAGCAGGAUCGGGAAGAGAAAUACAGAGAUCGGACGCCGGGGAGAUCGCGCUCGCCCCAGUCUCGCAGGCAUCGGAGUGACCGGGACCGACAUGACCGCCGUCGCUGA